AAUUAUUUAGUGAAGCGUUAACUUGCCAUCGCAUUUGACGUGUCCAGCAUGCUUUUAAGAUGUUUGUGUUUGGUUUUAGUGGUUUCGUGUGUUCAUUCGUAUAAGAUUAUGCUAAUGUUCCCGUUUCCUAUAAAAAGUUUGAGCAUAUUGUCUGAAGGAUUCGUCAAACAUCUCACAGACGCUGGACAUGAGGUGAUGUAUAUAACUUGGUUCCCUGCGAAGCGGGACUAUGGCAAGAAUUUCCGACAAAUCGACGUUAGCAAAGUUGCAGAAAAUAUGGGAGAUGAAAUGGACACGUCAUUACUGAAUAUCACUGCAGUAAUGACAGGAGGGAUGCCAGUGAAUGAUCGUGGAUCACUGCAAGAGUUUGCAUAUCUUUUUGCUCAAGCGUCAUUGCAUUAUGAAGAUGUAAGGAACUUGUUACAAGAUACUAACGAGAAAUUUGAUGUCAUCAUAGCUGAUAUUUAUGAGACUGAAGUAUUUGCUGGGCUAUCAGUCCUGUAUGAUUGUCCGAUGAUAUGGAGUUACUCAAUGGCUGCCCACUGGCAAGUCCUGCGGCUGGUAGAUGAGAGAACAAAUCCAGCGUAUACUUCUGACUAUUUGUCUGCAAACAUGGCUCCUUUGAAUUUUCGACAAAGACUGGAAGAGUUGUGGUUUCAAAUCGAAGGGUUGUGGUUAAAAAGUUACAAUUUACUACCAAAAGAAGAGAAACUUUACGAAGAAGUCUUCACACCACUUUUAGCAAAGCGUGGUAGAACAUUACCAGAUUACGAAGACAUAGUAUUCAAUGCAUCAUUGCUUUUUAUCAAUGAACAUCACACGUACGGUACUGUGCCCAGUAUACCCUUGAAUGUGAAGCCCAUUGGUGGAUACCAUAUAGAUUCUCCAGCUAAACCUUUACCUCAGGAUUUACAAUCUCUUAUGGACAAAUCAACAGAUGGAGUGAUAUACUUCAGCAUGGGGUCGACUUGGCAAAGUCGAUUCAUCCCCAAAGAAGUGACUGAGGGUUUGCUGAAAACGUUCUCAGAAUUCAAACAGACAGUUAUUUGGAAGUAUGAGGCUGAUCUUCUUAAUUUGCCGAAGAAUGUUCACAUUGUGAAAUGGGCGCCACAACCGAGCAUAUUGGCGCAUCCCAAUUGCCACAUAUUUAUCUCCCACGGAGGUCAGAUGUCAUCCACUGAGGCCCUCCAUUUCGGAGUAGCCAUCAUUGGAGUGCCUAUCUUCUUUGACCAGUUCGUCAAUAUAAAUAAAGCUGUGGCUAAGGGCUACGCGAUCAAAGUGCCUCUCACCUUCAAUUUGCCCGAAGAUCUUAGAGACGCCAUUAAAACUAUGGUUAAUGAUCCCAGGUAUAGACUACGGGCCAAGGAACUAUCAUUGGUAUACCACGACCGUCCGGUCGCGCCCGGCAAGGAGUUGGUGCACUGGGUAGAACACGUGAUCAGAACUGGCGGCGCGCUCCAUUUGCGAUCGCCCUCACUCUAUGCGAAUUGGUAUCAGAAGACAUAUCUAGAUUUUAUAGUCAUAAUUUUAAUUGUUCAUUGUUUGAUUGUGUAUGUUAUAAAGAUGGUGUUACGUAAACCGAAGACUAAGAAAGAGAAGAAACAUUGAGAUUAACUGAAAUACAUUAAUUGAAAAAUAAAACGU